AUGGCGGCCCUAGCAACAACCUCACAACAAUCAACGAAUGAAUCAGACACUGCCCCUUCACCUACUAACAGAGAAAGUGUAGAUCAGAGAGAAUCCAGACAAAGAGCGCUGCAGUUUCUUAAGGAAGCCCAAUGCACCAGGAGACUGGUUGAGAAGUUGGAAAAAGACAGGUCACUCAGUGUUCAGUGUAGGAGAAAUGGAUGGACGGAUGUUGCGACAGAGCUGGACGAAUAUGAGAAAACACUUGUGGGACAAAGAAGUGCAGAAAAGAUGCAACUUUGCAAGCAGUUGGCUAAAAUUCAAAAUGGCGUAAGGCAAUUCCAGGACGUACUAAUAAACAUUCAGCCAAGUACAGAGAUGAUCGAGAAACUGAAGGAGAUCAUGUCCGAGGUAGAAAUUUCAAUCAGCGAGCUGAAAGAACAGCAGCGCUUAAGUACGGGAGAACUGUUGAAGGAGGAGAGGAUGUGCUCACAGGGGAUGGAUGCCUAUAAAAAGAAGAUUGAAAACUGGGAUCUUUACAGCAAGUCUGACUCCCGUGUCGCUACAGUUCCAGCCGUUAAGCAGAGCAAAGCUUUGGACCGAGACCUUCCCAUCGAGGUUCAGGCUCUGGAAGGUUUCCUUCAGAGGACGGGAGGCAUCUGCGGUGGUUGGGAUGAAUUUGAUCACCAGGCCUUCCUCAAGGUGUGGACAAAGUACAGUGGACAGGUGGGCUUAAAGAAAGAGGCCAAACUGUAUCUGCCCAAUAAAAGUCCGGAAGAGGUGGCAGAACAUAAACAGUGGUACCAAGAGCUGAUUUACCUGCAGAACAAGAGGAGAGAGGCAAUCCAAAAGUGGAAGAGCAAGAAGCAAGUGGAACACGAAAUGCGCAUACAGAAGCAGGUGGAAGCCGCGGAAGCUAAAAGGAUGGAAAAGCACACCAAUGAGGAAAAGAAAAGGUUGUUGGCACAGCAGCUGGAGGCAUGGAAGGAAGCCAAGAGAAGGAAAGGUGAGGAGAAACGAGCUGAGAAGAUCCAGAACAGAACGGCCAAAGUAUGUAAGGUGCGCCCACUCCAUGCUCUACUUGAGAGAAGAGUGGAGCAGGAGGACAGCAAUAAGACAAGGAAGGGAAAGGAGAUGACAAAGACCAUCGACUACUUGAUUAAAAGGGAUCUCAAGCAACUGCAGGCCAAGCAACAGGAGAAGCUGCUGAGGCAAAAACAGGAAAAGGAGCAUCAUGAGAGGAUUCUGGCUAAACUGAAGGAAAAGGUUGACGGUCAUAUUGGCAGAGAUCCAGCUAGAUUGACGCAGCCCACCAAGGGUUGGGAGGAGCGCAUGAAAUGUGCAGGAGCCUCAGGAGGAAGACUACUGCGCUAUAUGUCUCACAGGUCUGUUGUUUUACUUCCAUAA